AUGUGUGGGGACAGAGCUGAUCAGGGGUUAUUUUCUGAAGGGCUCAGGUCACAGACAGCAUCUGUUCUCACUGCCGCAGCUCCGAGCAGAGCUGGGAGAGCGCGUACGACAGCCGCAGAUCCAGGCACUGGAGUGGAAGGAAGCAGAAGAGGAGGGGCGGGAGGAAGCUGAGCUGCAGCUGCUUUGCCUCUGCUCCAAGCUCCCAGGGCAGCUUCAUCCUCAGCCCUUCUUGCAUGGCCUUUUCCUCUGCCACAAGAACUUCUCCAGCAGCAGCUGCCAAACCUGCAGUUCCUCUUGGAUGAGACAAAUUCUUCAACCCCCUUUUUUGCCAGUUCCUGCAAGCAUCUGCACCAGAGAUAAAGCUUGAAGGAUUCAUCUGAAGAAAAUUGCUCCCCAAAGGAAAGGUACAGAGUACUGGAAAAGCCAAGCAUUCAACCUCUUGCCACCACCAAGAAACACUGACCUGCCCGACAGCAGUCAGGGCUACAGCGACUGCUCCCUGCCUUCCAAGCAGCUUGGCUCCAUGGAGGAGCAGACAGACAACUUUGUGCUUUCCCUCGGAGCCAAAACCAGCAAGUGCAGCCUUGAGACAAACCAAACAGAGGCCCCAACAUGUUGGUCAGGACCAAUCAGAGGUGGCCCAGAGGUAGUGAUUGUACCAGUGCUUUUUGGGUUGAUUUUUAUCCUGGGAAUGGUGGGAAACACGUUGGUGUUAGUUGUUUUGGGGCGUCUCCGGCCUGGGGGACGCCCAUCACGCAGCGCUACCAAUAUCUUCAUCCUGAACUUGAGCAUUGCAGACUUCUCCUUUCUGGUCUUCUGCAUCCCCUUCCAGGCCACCAUCUACUCCCUGCCAGAGUGGAUCUUUGGUGCCUUCUUUUGCAAGUGGGUUCACUACUUGGCCAUGGCAACAAUGCUGGUCAGCAUCUUUACUCUGGUGGCUAUGUCUGUGGACAGAUACAUUGCUGUGGUCCAUGCAAAGCGUUCACCCUGCAUCCGCAGCAAGCGCAACGCUGCCCUCGGCGUGGGUGUAAUUUGGCUGCUGUCUCUUCUCAUUGCCAUCCCCGUGGCCCAGCACCAGGCCCUCAUGAGUGGUCAUCAGCAAGCACCCAACAGCUCCUUCUGCUGGGAGCACUGGGCAAACAGUUCAACAGCCAAGCAGAUGUACAAGAUCACCAUCCUGCUGGUGGGAUACCUCCUGCCCCUGGUGCUCAUCACCUGCUGCUAUGCCAAGGUUUUAUAUCAUCUCCAUACGAAAGUAAAGAACAUUUCCAAGAAGUCAGAAAGGUCAAAGAAGAAGACAGCUCAGACGGUGCUUCUCGUGGUCGCUGUGUUCCUGCUGUCUUGGCUGCCACACCACAUCAUCACGAUGUGGGCAGCGUUCGGGCAGUUUCCCCUGAACAACACCUCCUUCGCCUUCCGCAUCAUCUCCCACUGCUUAGCCUACGGGAACUCUUGCAUCAACCCCAUCAUCUACGCUUUCCUCUCGGAAAACUUCCGCAAAGCCUGCCGGCAAGUCUUUGCCUGCAAGCUCCUCCUGCGGCCGGCUCCCACCGAGAAACGGGUCAGAGUACGCACGGAGAACUUCUCUACCGUGCUCUCAACCACUAACGUGUGAAUUGGGCUCACAAAUUUCAGGAGGAAUUCAGGAGGAAAAGGUGCUGUCUGGGUAUACAAGUACAUUUCAGGGAGUGGCGCAGCCUGCAAAAGUGUGGAUUUUGUCAGAUAUGGCAGUGGUAGGAGGCAUUUUUCCAUCUGGCUGUUGGGCCACUUGACACAGGUUGUCCCAAGGUACGUUGCUAGGCACUGGGCUCCGUGCAGCAGAAGUAUCUGAAUGUCUUUAUAGGGCCCACAAGUUAGGAUCCAUACACAGUUGUAGUUAUGGCCAUACAAUCCAAAAUAAGAGUUACACAGAAGGUAGAAUACAGACAGACAAGAAAAGAGCAGUUAAUUGUGAAUGUAGAGAGUCACGAGGAUGUAAAUAAUGAGUGCUGUGAUGUUUAGAGAGCACAGAAAGGCAGUUUGGGAAAAUUCAAACUAAAAAGUCCUUGAAUAUGUCUUUGUUUCCUAAACAAGUUUGACCAUAUGCGAGCUACACAUAUUUUUAGCUCACUAGCUGCGAUGGGGUCUCCAAAUCUCAUUGAAGGCUUUGCUACAUUUUUUACCUACUGGUCAGUAAAAUAUUUCACAUGACAUGUAUCAGUGAUGUGUAUUUCUGCAUUUGGUGGCUCUGUAUCAGCUUACAUGUCCCCACGUUUGAAUGUCUGCAUGCUCCUGAAUGUAACUACUGCUGUUAAUCACUGGCUCCAGUAACCGUCUCUUGUGAGCAACAGUAAGAGUGUUAUUUGUUAAUAUGUGCUUGAAAGAACUGUGGUUUUGUUUGAAAGUAAUGUUUACAAGUCUUCAUUGGUAAAGUGUUCUCUGAGUAUAUCUACCCAAAGCUUUUAUUGGCCUCUUCAGUAUAUAAAUGCCAAAAGGUUUUGAGUUUUUUGGAUAAACUCUUUUGAUCAACAGUGCCCUACCAACCAUCAGUUUAGAGCAUUUGUGGGGAGUUCAAGGUUACUGUUUGUAAAUAUAUAAAGUGCAUAUUACUUCAAAAUUAAAAAGCAUAUGGCUGAACGAACUUUAUUAUUUCACUGUGUUGUCUCAUUUGAUAAUAUUGUGUACUGCAAUCCGGACUGACCUGUCGUGGCAUUCGCUGUAACAUGUCUAUGGAUUCCAGAUCCAUAGACUACAUUACUGAGUUUUUAGAAGCGAGUUACAGAAGUUAAACUACAAAUUAUACAUUUGAAAAACAUAAGAAAAAUAUCCAAAUGUAACCUUGUAGAACAUCUUCAACAUCUUUUGUUACGGCCAUCAGAAUACACAUGAGACUUUCUGUAACACGUCCUACACCAAUUGUUCAUUUUUAACAGGUAUAUUUUAUACCUCAGUGUUAACUAUGCCCACAUUGCCUUUCAUCGUCUGGCUAAUUUAUCAGAAGUCAACCUUCCUCCCAUUUUCCUUCCACAUGUUUUAACUCAAGAAAAAAAUUACUCUUGUAUCACCAAUGCUACUUAGUUACUGAAACAAAUUAAACAGAUGCAUUAAUUAUGAAUGACCAUUGCCACAUAGUUUGACCAUACAUUUUGUGUCAGAAGUUAUUGGUUAUGCGACAUCUUUUAACUGUGGUUAACUUUAGUAGCAUUAUUUAGCUGGAAAAUAGGUUACAGAGCAAGGUGUUACAGUACAUAACCUGUGCAACAGUUAUGAAAUUUUAGCCUGAUUAAUUUAGUCCUGUACAACAGCUACAUGAUAAGAUAAAUGCUUGAAGUAGGACAUGUGAGAUCCAAGCAAGCAUGUUCAUCAGAAACUUAAAGUGGCAAUUCUGUACGUUGGACUGGGAAGCACAGCCACCGUCACCAGCCGCCUCAGGGCAGACACAGCCUGUGAAGCAGGUCAUCACUGUAUUAGCAGAAAUAUCAAGUGCCACAGCUUUGAAAAAGAUCAGAUCCAAAUGAUAUGACACUUGAGAUGGAGUCAGUCUGAAACUUCUUAGGCAAAACAGGCAAGCAAAUAUUUAAAUUCCUUACUUGGAGAUCCUUGAAUACAAUUUGCCUCAUUUAAAUUAAUCUGUGUGUCUGUAGUUAAUAGAAGCUAUUUCUCAGCAGUUCAGAGGACCUAAUACAACAUAAGAUGCCUAUUAACAAGUGGAAAUAGGAUCUUCUGUAAACUACACUACCAGAUUGUCCCCAGACUUCUGUUUAAGGAUUUAUCCUACUCUUAUACAUGAGUAGUAAGCUUCUGCUUGUGGACACAAAAAUUGUCUGAUUUGCAGCUAAAGGAUAAGAGGCAAGUAGUCCAUGCAAUAAAUGGGUCCAAAAUAUAAAGGUUUCCAGUCUCUGAGUGGAUCGCUCUUCCACUGUAUUUCUAUAAAGUUGAGAGCUUUCUAUUGUAUUAAAUAAUUUUAGUGCAGCUUGUAACUUCCCCAAGAGCCCUUCAACUGUGCAAUGUGAACCGAGUACAUGUGUAAUUUCUAGGACAAGGUUAUAUAGGUCUAUCCUUCAGUGAUGAUCUGUGCAACUUUUCUGUUUGUUUAGUUUUUACUCUUAGUAUACUAAGAGUAGCUCCAGUACCUUAUUUCCUCUGAAAACAGUGAUUUAGAUACUGUAUGAUCAUUUCAUUUAACAGCUUACUAUUUCUACAUACCAAGAAUUAGCACAGGCUAAAGUGGACAACAUGGCAAAAACGAACAGUAAAAGAAAAUGCUUUGAUAAAUCAAUGCAACAGAAAUCAGAGCUAAAAUGCUAUUUUUGUGUGAUUAUUUACCAUGGAUACAAAUGGGCAGCCAGAUAUGAAAUAGCCUCAGCCUCCUUUUGGUUUAAAGCAGAGAAGAACAAUGACACAAUAUUAAAAAGGAAUCUCAUACUCACUCUGUUAUCUGUGAGUCAUUAUGCUUCUUUCCUUUAACAGGAGAAAUUUUUUUGGUGGGUUGAGGUUUUUUGUAAUCAAAGACUGGACAUGUCACUACAGCAUGCAGAAUAAAACGAGCAGAAAACACAA